UAGAGAGAGAGAAUAGAGAGCAGAAUAGAGAGGGGCGAGAGAGAGAGAGAGAGAGAGGCCAUAUAUGAAAUGAAAUGAAAUGAUGAACAUGGUUAGGAGGUCAUCAUCAGCCCUAUCUGAUCUUCUAUUUCUGAGGAGAUAUAUUUGAUCUUUUCUUCCUAGGUUCGGGCUUUCAUGGCUCACCCUGUUGGCUUAUUAACAGAACAAGUCUGAGAAACAGAAGAAGCCCACCACCAUCACCACCCCAACAUACAUACUCAACCUCCACAUCCACUUGAAGAAGACAGAAUCUGAGUUUCUUUUCCAUGGCUAGAGAGCUGUGCAGUGAAGAUCAUAAGUCCUCAUCAGUUGGUUUUUGCUACUCGGAUGUUUCAUCAGCGAAUCCAACCAUCCACCAUCAGAACCAGUUCACAAAUCAGAUCCAAGGCUUUGAUCAGUCAAACCCAGCAGAGAUCUUCAACUUGACCACUGGCAUGGAGAUGAUAGGCUUCUCUAAAGGAGCCUUCUUCUCCAAACAUGGAGGAGGAGGAGGAGGACCUUCAUCUUCGAAAGGCGCCGAUCAUUUCUACCAUCCUCAUCAGCAAGAGUACAACACAACCGGCAUGUCGGAAACGAGCAGCGAAAACCAGAAUCUAAUGGAGUCUGGUGGAGCUUGGCACCAGGAGAACAGCAACAAUAGGUUCCUUGUUGAUGAUUCUUCAUUGAGGUGUGUUUUCCCAUGUGAAGGUAAUGAGAGGCCAAGCCAAGGCCUCUCACUCUCUCUUAGCUCAUCCAAUCCCUCUAGUAUUGGCUUACAGUCCUUUGAACUCAGGCAGACAAAUCAUCAUCAAGAUAUUGGGAGCAUCAAUCAGAGUCAUAUGAUAUUGCAAGAUGGGUAUUUGGGUAAAAGCUCAGGUCUUGGUCACCAAUCUCUUCUUCAUGAGAAUCAAGCUGCAGCUUCUGGGCUUUUCCAGCUCAGAAACUCAAAGUACUUAGGCCCAGCUCAGGAGCUCUUAAAUGAGUUCUGUAGCCUCGGAACAAAGCAGACUGAUGCUCUUGGAGUUUCAAAGCACAAGUCAAACAAAACCAAACAGUGGGACGAUCAGGAUAAUAAUAAUGGCAGUACUUCUUCGUCUUCGAAAAAGCAGUCUUCCCUGUACUCCCUCGAAUUCGUUGAAUUGCAGAAGAGAAAAACCAGACUGCUUCAAAUGCUGGAAGAGGUGGAGAGGAGAUACAAGCACUACUGUGAUCAGAUGAAGGCUGUGGUCUCAUCCUUCGAAACCGUGGCAGGGACUGGAGCCGCCACGGUGUACUCUAAGCUGGCUUCGAAAGCCAUGUCAAGACAUUUCCGGAGCUUGAAAGACGGGAUUGUAGCUCAGAUUCAGGCCACAAGGAAAGCAAUGGGGGAGAAAGACCCGGUGGCUCCCGGAGCAAGCCGAGGCGAGACGCCUCGGCUUCGGAUUCUCGACCAAACUCUCCGGCAGCAGAGAGCUUUUCAACAGAUGAACAUGAUGGAGAGUCAUCCAUGGCGGCCCCAACGUGGCCUUCCUGAGAGAUCCGUCUCGGUUCUUCGGGCUUGGCUCUUCGAACACUUUCUUCACCCGUACCCAAGCGAUGUUGAUAAACAUAUCUUAGCCCGCCAAACGGGUCUCUCAAGAAGCCAGGUAUCAAAUUGGUUCAUUAAUGCAAGGGUGAGGCUUUGGAAACCCAUGGUUGAAGAAAUGUACAUGGAAGAAACAAAGGAACAUGAAAACAACAACAACAUGUCCUCCUCAGAUGGUGUCACUACUGAUCAUCAUGGCGAUCCGAGCACGCAGAUGACACGACCCGAAGAUCAGAAACCGACCCAGGACCAACUCCAACUCGUCCGAAUAGACUCGGAGUGCCUCUCGUCCAUCAUCACAAACAACCCAGGUGAGAAAAGUACUGGCCAUGACUCCAGAAGCGGCAAAAGCGCCCUCCAAAUGCACCCACAGCACAAUUUCGGGCGGGUAACAGAUGCAUUCGGAUCAUCGAUGGAGCUGGAUUUUUCAACUUACAAUCAUCAUCACCAGUCUGGAGGCGCAGUUACUUAUGGUAAUGAAAACCCGAACCAGAGCUUCAAUGGGGGAGGGCAUGGUGUGUCAUUGACAUUAGGGUUGAACCAGCAUGGUGGUACUAAUGGGGUGAGCUUAGCAUUCUCUCCUUCCUCACAGAGCUCUCUCUUCUACCCUAGAGAUCACAUCGAAGAGUGUCAGCCGGUUCAGUACUCGUCUCUAUUAGACGGCGAAGGCCAGAACAAUUUGCCUUACAGAAACUUGAUGGGUGCUCAGUUGCUCCAUGACUUGGCUGGUUAGGUAAAAGUACAAUAUUGCUCUUGGAUGAUCAGGAGGUUCGAUCACUGUGGUUUCAAUUGGAGGUGAUAAUAGAUAAAUAGUGGGUAGGAAUAGAUGAAAGUUAAUACUUGGGAUACAUACAUAAGGGGCUAUACUGGGUUAGACAAGCAGAUUAAUAUGAUCAACGUUUUCAUGGCUGCUGGUAGUUAAUUAAUUAAUUUUGGGUACUCCUUUUUCAUUUUCAUUUAUAAUUUGUAUGAACGUGGUUUUAUUAUUGCUAGGCUAAUUUGGAAUUGCCAGUGAUCUGGUGCAAAGAUGAUUCAAUAUUUGUUUCCUCUUAUAUAUGGGUAGACUUGAUUAUUUUUCUUUUUCA